GCAUUGGGUGGUAUUUUAUUAUUUUAAAUUUUACCGGGAUGGCCUCUCUCUUUGUAGUAGUAGAAGGAAUAGACAGAAGCGGCAAGUCUUCUCUGAUAAAAAAAUUAGAGAACUCUUUGAUAUCCCAAGGAAUAUCCACCAAAGUACUUAAUUAUCCAAACAGAAACAAUCUUACAGGGAAGUUAAUUUCUGAGAUACUUUCAGGGCAUAGAGCAUUUCCUAAAGAAGUAACACAUCUGUUAUUCUCUGCAAACAGAUGGGAGGAUAAAGAGUUACUAGAACUUUCUGAUUACAAUGUAAUACUCUGUGAUAGAUAUGUUCUAUCAGGCCAGUCUUACUCUAUCGCAAACGGAAUACCAAAGGAAUUCGCAUUUGCAUCGGAUAAAGGAAUUAAACUCCCUGAUCUAACCUUAUUUUUAGAUGUAUCUCCAGAGAUCGCGGCUACCAGAGAGGGAUAUGGUGAGGAAGUAUAUGAAAAAAAAGAAUUUCAGCAGAAAGUUUAUACUACAAUGAAAGACUUGUUGCACUUAUAUACACACGAAGUAAUUAGGUCUGGUACGCAAGAAAGUGUUCACAAUGAGGCACUAAAGCACAUACUUAAUAAUAUACAAACUAGAAUAAAAUAG